CUGAUUCAAUUAUUUGUUGCGGAAUCAGUCGCUUCAGGACAUAGUUUAUUCUACGCUGCGAAAAACAGCCUCACUAGCGUGAUUUCCACACUACCAGACGUUGCCGAAGAAUCGGAGCUCCAAAAUAAUGCAACAGAUAAAAAUGAUCUUAGAAUUGCUUGGCGUUACAAGACGGUGGGAAACAAUGAGAGCCCAAGGAUGUCUGUCCCUAAUUUUGGUCAUCAUUUUGAUUUAUCAAAGCGAAUGAACUCGGCAGACCGCAUUAGAGACUGGAACAUUCUGCUCCAGGAUUUCACACCGGACUCUGAGUCACCUCUUCAGGGCAACCUCACUCGCCUCCUUAAAGAACUUCGCAGUUUUUCAUCUGGAAAAUCUGGAAGUGUACAACGGAUCGUACUAAGCAAUCUCCUCUCGACCACAUGGGGAUUCUGCUCUGGUUCCUGCCUCUUUGAUCGAUUGGCCCUUCAGUUUUUCGCCUCACUUCGUCUUUUGAUGCAAAAUACCCUCCAGGUUGCGCUUAUAACUCUACCACCGCUGCAACCUAGCCUCCUCUGCCGCCUGCGUCACUAUGCAGACUAUGUAUUUUCAGUCACUGGAUUCGACAGCGUGGAAGCAAAGAAUCCACUUUAUGAAGAGUAUAAUGGUUUGAUGAAUGUCAUCCAGCUUCCCUGGAUAGGUGGUGGGUUGGAGCCGGUGGGGAAACCAACAGCCCUCGAAUGGGCCUUCAAAGUCAAACGGCGGCAGUUCACUGUGCAGCUAUUGGCUUUGAACUUGGGGCAGUUUGACAUGUUUUUAUCUACCAGUGUAUCUUACUAUAUUAUCAUGGUAUUUCUGUUUUCAUUCAAGGGACAGCUGACUGCGUUCUUUUCUGUGUCUCUCGAGCGGUACAUCACCACAAACAUACCACUUCUAUCAAACACGUACAUGGAUGAAGGUGGGAGUCAUCUGGGCGAACUAAAGCAAAUUUACCCAUCACCGCGUCCACCUGAGCAUGCUGUGUACAUGCUCGCCAGCAAUGCACUCCAUGCCUAUACAAAAUUCGGCCGUCCCAUUACCUGCGCUGUUAAUAAAUUGAUGGUCGAUCUGGAGUGUCUAACUGUCACCGGCCCGACUGGCGCAACCCCCGGCUUGGGUAUGGGUGGCGGCGUAUGGGGAACUGCAAACGAGGCUGAGUUUUGCCGUAUAUUUCUUGGAGGGUUGCAGCCAAACAUACUAGAGCUCGAUGCUUUGGAUCGAUGGGGUGAAGUGAUUCGCACCAUAGACGUUGGUCUUGGCGGUUCUGUCGUUCUCAGAUCUUUCAGCUCCGGAAUGUGUGCCGGAACCACGAAUGGGAAAGUCUACGAUCUCCGCUCUGGGCGUGCUCAGGUUCCCCUUUCUGCCUCGCUGGAUCCGUGUUUCGCUCGGUUUUUCCCGGGAUGUACGGAUCGGUUACUGGCUGCUUCACAAGCAGGCGGCUUCCAGACGAUUCAAUGGGGCACACGUGUACUCUCUCCCAACGAUAUCGGUCAAUUGUGGCCGAGCUACGACCGGUUGGUUGCACUGGACAUUUCGCACAAUGCAAAUGGAUUGGUGUUCGGCACCGAAACGGGGCAUCUGCAGCUCUAUCUACGAGACAUGAAUAUAUGUCAGUUCAACGCAAAUCCUUUGCCAACAGAGUUUGCCUCUCCGCUCGCAGAGAGCUUAUGGCCAACAAACAACAUCGGUAGUAUUGCCCCACCAUCGUAUCCCCUUAUGCUGGUGGACGAUCCAGCCAAUCCCUUGUACGGGACUAACCUAAUGACACUUGGUAAAACAGCUGCCGAGGCCGUGGAACUACAGCUACUUGCCGCAUCCCUUCACCAGCCGGCAGCUACUACUCCGGACAAUUUACGUAAUCCAGAAACAUUUGACCUUGUUGAGCGUCGAAAAGCUGAGGCUGCCAAUGAAGCCGUUUUGGUGGCCUACAAACCCGUUGAAUAUGAUGACUACCGUUUUUCCUUUGCCAGUGUGCCUUUUGCUGCCAACCCGCCGCCCGUUACCUGCGAACUUACGAAUAUUCCAAAGGGUGUGCAAAAGCUUCAGAAAACUGAACCCUUUACUUCAUCAGACUGGCCUGAUGACCUCUGUGAACCCCGCGCGCGGCCAAUGCUCCCAGUGGAACCAGAAUUGGUUUUCAGCGCCAACCGAAAACGAACCGUUCGAAAACCAGCACAUUGGGGUUCCGUAUGGCAUCCUUAUUCCGAUAACCCAGACGACCGAACUCAAUUCGAACAGAAUACUCGGCUGGGCAGAUUUGUGAACGUCUCGCCGGAAGAGGAGACUUCUGCAGAGAAACCCACAUGAUCGACCAGAUAAUGGAAGCUCAGAACUACCACAAUCAACUUCUGAGGAAAACAUUCCUGUGCUGUAGACACUUAUCGUUUCACUUUAUUAGAUUACAAACAAACUUGUGCAGUGACUGUAUCGCGUAUCCUAUCCUGUCAAAGCGGGCGAUCACAAGCAUUUUUGUCAAUGAUGACACAAAAUCAACUAAUCAUACGUGGGUGGUCUACGUCACUCAAUAUGUCCGGUGAUCCGCCUUAACCAUGUUGGGAAUUGUAAAUCCCCAACCUCUGGAAUACCUACCGUGUAUUUACCUUAAUUUUUUGUACUACACUCAACCUGACUAGUCGACUUUCUGUCUUUCUCCACAAGCGUUAGCACUGCACGAGCAUUCCUAAUAGUCUUUGACAAUUACACUGUGC